UGAUUUUGUGUAACCACCCUUCCCUAUUUAAAGGAUGUUAAUAGGGUUUAUAUACCAGUCUAUACAGGUGUGCUCUAUGAUUAGUAGCUUGAGCCAACUGAAAAGGGUUUGAGAAGAUGUUCCAGAACUUCGUAGAGUAGCAUCCUCACCCCAAAAUGGGCCAUAGGCACAGCAAGUGGUCAUUGCAUCCAAAGCAGAGAGAGACUCCCUUUCUGUAUGGGAAGUACACAGCAAUAACAGUUCCUGGUUCUCCUCGUGGACAAAUAUCACAAGAUGCUUCCAUGUGGACCAGUGAGAGCAAUUCUUCCAUAGGGAGUAUAGGAGACACAAAGCAAUUGACAGGUGCUGAGACUGUUUCACAGACGGCUCAAGAAGGGGUGUUACCUGUUCAGCAAGAUGCUGAAACCCAACCUGUUUUCAAGAGCCCUCAAGAGAAUUUGGAAGACCUGAAAGAGCCACAGCCUGCUGUCAGGUUGGAGAAAGGAAAUGGGGCAUUUCAGCCAACCAUGGAUGGGGUGCAUAAGGCAGAGCUUGCUGUACAGGAGCCACCACAUCUGGAAACUUUUCUUGCAGCAGAGGUGACCCCAUCUAAAGAAAUGGCCCUGGAGGACCAAGAGACGUUGCUCUUGACACCAAGUGAACGGUCUAUUGUGCAAAUGUCAGAAAAUCCUAGUGAAAAUGUCAAAGAGAUGGAAGUGACCAUGGAAACUAUCUGGACUGUAGAUCAUGAGGAUUCAGAAGUUCAAACCUCAACAGAGCUGGAAGAGCACCCCCACUGCUGUGAAGAAGAAGACAGCAGUAGAGCGUUUUCCUCCCGUGUACGUGCUACAAAGUGGACAUGAUGAGGAACAAGGUGGCCACUUCAAGAAUGAAACCACUGAAGGGCUUGAAUCAUUGAGGAGUCCCCUCUGUCUCAACUAAAGUGAUAAUGGAGGUGAGCCUAAUUAAACUCCAGAUAAUCUCCUGCAGAUCAUGGAAGAUAAUGGCCAGGCUUCUGCACAAAUGGAGACAACACAGAUUUCAAAGAAUAUAAAAAUGUCAAUGAGUUUUAGCCUGCUCUAACAAUCAUUCCUAUGAAAUAUAACAAGAGUGUUUGUACAAUUCUUCCAAAAAUUUAUUAUCCAGAAUUAUUGGGGUGGGUUGAGGGGGAAUUGCUGGCAGUGAACUGGGGAGGCCUGUCUUAAUGCAAUUACUGUUAACUAGUUCAAUAUAGCAGAGUCUAGCUAUCUACAUAAAUUGGUCAGAUUGCCCUAUACAGGCGUCUUGCCCUAUAAAGGAGUCUUUUUUAAAAAAAUAAUACACAAAUGAUUUUUUUUUAAAAAGUACAGCACUAAUUGAUCUCAUACUUGGCUUCACUUUUAUUGGGAAAAAUCACUUCUGCUUAUGUCUUGGGAGUGUGCUUCUUUACACAUACCAAUGAUAUAAUCUCACUUGUUGGCUGGAUGCCCAGUUUCUUACAUUUGCUUUGUAAACUUUCUGAACUGAUCACUCACUGAUUUGAAAUGGAUCUCUCAAUAAACACUGUUUUUUAAAUGUU